UUCUUCCGCAAUAGCGUCGUUCUCUCCUUCCUUCCUCUCAAAGCCCAGCAGAAACAACGGCCACCGUGCGCAACGGCUCCGAUAAGGAGCUAAAUCCUCAUCUAAACUGGUUAUGAUGACAACCCCUCUAAAACGUUCCUAAACCUGAAAACUAAACUGAAAAAAAAACCUCGCAAAUGCUCUCUACUUCGCUCUACAUUAGCCCCACCAGACCAUCGCCGCCACGGCCUACGUCGCCUCAACGGACUCCGAUGAAGAGCCCAAACAGUAACCCGAUGAACGACCCAAACCUGAGCCUACACUACUCGACCCCGAGAGCAUGGAGGUUAUGGAGCAGUGUGUGGCUUGUUCGGUUGUGGUGUUGUAGUGGAGCAUGGGCACGAGCUGGGGAGUCGAGCUGGCAGGGUGAAUGCGCACUGCCUCGGGCUUCUGAUUCUUCUCGGUGUUCUCCAUGGUGCCAGGGCAUGGGCACUUGGUUAGUGGAGCAAGCAGGACAUGGGCGACAGUCCCUGUUGGUGUGCUCGUGGAGCAGAACGUGGGCUGCUGGGUGUUUCACGUGGGCAGCUAUGACGUGGAGCAGGGCACUUGUUGGGUCACUUAAUUGAGGUGCUCCACGUGGGGCUUGGUCUUGAGCUUGUAAUUGGGCUCUAGAUGUAAUUGGGUUGCAAUUAUUUGGGUCUAAUUUGGGCUUGUAAGACGUAAAUGGACUUUACACUUAAUUUGGAUUUUGGAUUGACUUUAAAUUUGUAUAUUGAUUUCCAAAACGAA